AAAUAAGUUCCUCCCCACCACCACAGCCCUCCUCCAUAAAUUCAUCAGUUCCUCCCUUCUCCCCUUUCCUCCCCUCCCCGCAAAGUUCCAUUUUUUGGUUUCUUCGUCUUCUCUUCUUCUUCUUCUCACUCUCCCCUGUUCUAGCUUCCCAAAAUGUCCAUAAACAAUUUCUACCACCAAAUCCCAUCCGAACAGCAGCAGCAGCAACAGCAGUUGUGGUGGCAACAAAUGGACCCAAUCCCAAACGCUUCUUCAUCUUCCUCCAACUCCUCUUCCCCUUGUUCCUCCAAAUUACAAUCUCACCCAUCCAAUUGGCCAACGCCGGCCCCCCACCACCACAACAUCCCCAAUUGGCUCUCCGCCGCCCACAACCAAAACCAGAACCAAAACCAAAACCAAAACCAAAUCCAGAACCCAUCUCCUCCUUCCUCCGCCAACCUCAAUUUCAAUCUCAACCACCACGACGACGACGAAUUGGAGGCGGAAAGAGUGGUAGAAGUAGACAAGGAAGGGAUGUUCGAGAAGCCGCUGACGCCGUCGGACGUGGGGAAGCUGAACCGGCUGGUGAUACCGAAGCAGCACGCGGAGCGCUACUUCCCGCUGGCGGGCGAGGCGGUGGAGAAGGGCCUGCUGCUGAGCUUCGAGGACGAGUCCGGGAAAUGCUGGCGGUUCCGCUACUCCUACUGGAACAGCAGCCAGAGCUACGUGCUCACCAAAGGCUGGAGCCGCUACGUCAAGGAGAAGCAGCUGGACGCCGGCGACGUCGUUUUCUUCCAGCGCCACCGCAGCGACGCCCACAGGCUCUUCAUUGCCUGGAGGAGGAGAGGCAGCAGCGCUAAUAAUAAUAAUAAUAAUAAUACCAAUAUUAAUUCUCAUCAUUAUAGUCAACAGCAUUACAAUCAGGCGGUCGGCGGCGGCGGCGGAGUGGGGUGGGGGAGAGGAGUGGUUGGUGGCUCGACGGCGGCGCAGCCUUAUCUGGAAGACGGUGGCGGUGGUGGGAUGCGGCCUAAUAAUGUGGGAUACCAACAACCUGAGUGUGUUGAUGAACCAGGAGAGGAGGAGCCAAGUGGAGGCAAGAUGCUGAGGCUGUUCGGUGUGAACAUGGAGUGGCAGCCGGAAUAUCAGUGUUCGUCGGUGGUGGCCGAGCCUACUUCUUCUGCAGUAGAUGAUAACUAGACUUCUCCCUCGUCAGGCGCUCCACAGAUCAUGAGAUACACAUGACGACUUGAUACCACACAAACAGGAGAAAAAGAAAAUAUUGCCCCCUUUUUUUAAUUCUCCAUUUCUGGCUGGACUUACGAGCUGGCUCCUGAUGAUCAUAUGAGGAUUAUCAAAAAAAAAAAAAAAAAAUGGAAGAAAAGAGAUGGGGACUAGUUGAUACAGAUAGUGCCCUAAUUAAUUUGAUAAUUAGGUUUUGUUAGUGUCUCUUAUGGUG